AUGUAUCAGGACCCUAGGGCAUCUCACGCAUGGGGGACAAAUAAUGAGAAGGAAACGGGAUCAGCCGUCGGGGUCGUCUGGGUUGGACCCACGUUCCCGUCUCAUCCCACGGCUGCUCAGCUGCUCCUGUCAUCCAUAUUUGCAGCCUCAGUGGACAAUUUCCUCAGCCGCGGGCCCCCUCAGUGCUCACAACAACACAUAGAUCAAGUGAUUUUCCACAGAGGUGGCAUAGCGGCUGCCAGUCAGAGGAGCUGGGAGUCAGGCACUGCUAGGAGAGCAGAUUAUGAAGCGGAGCUCAACCAGCGGCAGUCUCCUCUCAUUGUCUCAAUGGCUGCACACGCAUUACUCCUCUGCUCCCUUGCCUUGCUGUCCGCUCUCAGCCGGCCUGGGCUCUCCUUCGCUGACGAAGAGUCGCAGCCGGGACUCACCUAUGAUGAAGUGCCUGAAAUCCUGGACAGAAGUACGGAUGAUGAGCGCAGCAUCCAAGUAUCUACCAUGCUACUGAAGUUUCAGUCACAACUGCCAGCUGCCAAAGGUGUAGUGCAGUUGGCAGCCAUUCAGAUUAACAAGCCAAACCAGAUGAGCACUAAGGACAGGCUAGGACAGACCACACAGCCAAUGGGUGGACCAUCACUGCAGACAGAGCUGGCCAUGUCAGCGCCACUCACAAAGAGGACCCUAAACAAGCAACAAGAGUCAGAUCAACCUUUUAACUGGCAUCAGCCAGGGAUGUCUCACAGUAAGAGGAAGCUGCUCCAGUCUCUGAUGGGCCCUUAUGGCCCUCUGAGUGUGUCUUACAAUGGAAAGACCUGCAUUCUGUUCAAGGCAAAGCGCCUGGCAAUCCGCUACAGGAACCACACCUUUAUUGAUCUGACUGAGAGAGUCUUCAACCCCAACUCACCCGUGGACACUAAGGGCUCCAUCUGCACCAAGGAGAAAGCAACGCUUUCAUUAAAGUUUGGUGAUGUGGAGGACUUGAGAGGUCUAGUAAUCAGGCUUCAAAUGUCAAACACUUUCUACGAGGCAGCUGGUCAAAACUGGUUUACACUAGACAGCGUUCACAUCCACUACAACUGGACCCAGGAGGCUACAUUCAACGCCAGUGAGGUCUACGCUCCUGCCACUUCAUCCUACCAUUGCCAGCACGUCAGCAGUCUGCACAAAUAUGACACCCUGCUAGUGCCCAGCUCCCACACUGACACAUCCGCUAACUGGCACAUCACUUUCACUGAUUUCCAGAUCCAGGCCUUCAACGUGCAGUCGGACAAGUUUGCGUCAGCCAGUGACUGUGCCACUUUCCUGACGCCAGCCAUCCUGAUGGGCUUGGUGACAUCUUUGAUCCUGCUACUUGUUUUAGCCUAUGCCCUGCACAUGGUGGUACACCUCAAGCACAUCGACCGCUAUGAGGAGCACAAAGCCACUGUCUACUUUCCCCGUAGUCCAGAGGCUGAGUUGCCAGACAAGAACAGCCUGUGA